AGCCCGGGCCAAGUGGGCGCGCCCGGCCUGGGGCCGGCGGGAUCCGGUGUCGGCUGCAGCUGGCAGUGCGGCUGGCGCGGGCGCCGGGCGAGUGCCGCGGGGCCCGCUAUUAAUAACGCGGCCGCCCAGCUCGGGGUCGCGCAGCCAUGGCCAGCCCGGAGCUGCCGCGCGGCGGGGAUGGCGCCGCCCAGGCCGCGAGGGCGUCGGGAGCAGAGGAGACCUCUGGAUCCCUGAAUGAGGCAGAGACCCUGGACCCAGAAGCUGCGCUCUCUCUGGAGUGGUCCCUGAACCUAGAAGACAUUCUCUACCUGGGGGACUCUGAUGACUUGGCCGAGCCGCUCUCUCUGGAAGACACUGAGAAGCCAGCGGCGACCCUGUUCAUCGAGGAGGCGCCGGAUGAGGAGGUGCCUGCGGUGGCGCCCGCGGAGCCAGGGGAGACCUCGAGGCCCGCGCAGGCCGCGGACCAGGCAGAGGCGGUCGGGAGCGAGGAGAAGCCCAGCCCCGAGGAGAGCCGGGCAGUAGCACCGCCGCCGCCGCCGCCGCCGCCCAGCACCGAGGAGAGCCUGAGCGCCGAGGACCUGGAGGUGCUGGAGCAGCGCUUCCAGCAGUGCGUGCAGGCCGUGGCCCGCCUGGAAGAGGAGCGGGACCAGCUCAUCCACGAGCUGGUGCUGCUGCGAGAACCGGCCCUGCGGGAGGUGCAGCAAGUGCACGGGGACAUCCUGGCUGCCUACAAGCUGCACGCGCAGGCCGAGCUGCAGCGGGACGGGCUCCGGGAGGAGGUGCGGCUGGUCAAGCAGAAGCUGUUCAAGGUGACCAAGGAGUGCGUGGCCUACCAGUACCAGCUGGAGUGCCGCCAGCAGGACGUGGCCCAGUUUGCCGACUGUCGGCAGGUGCUGACCACGCGGGCGGCCCAGCUCUCCGAGGAGCUGGCGCAGCUCCGGGACGCCUACCGGAAGCAGAAGGAGCAGUUGCGGCAACGACUCGAGGCACCCCCGAGCCAGAGCGAUGGGCACUUCCUCCAGGAGAGCCGGCGGCUCUCUGCCCAGUUCGAAAGUCUCAUGGCGGAAAGCCGCCAGGGCCUGGAGGAGGAGUACGAGCCUCAGCUGCUGCGGCUCCUGGAGCGGAAAGAGGCCGGGGCCAAAGCUCUGCAGAAAACGCAGGCGGAGAUCCAGGAGAUGAAGGAGGCCCUGAGACCCCUGCAGGCAGAGGCCCGGCAGCUCCACCUGCAGAACCGGAACCUGGAGGACCAGAUCGCGCUCGCCAGGCAGAAGCGCGACGAGGAGGUGCAGCAGUACAGGGAACAGCUGGAGGAAAUGGAAGAACGGCAGAGGCAACUGAGAAGUGGGGUCCAACUCCAGCAGCAGAAGAACAGAGAGAUGGAGCAGCUAAGGAUCAGUCUUGCAGAAGAGCUCUCAGCUUAUAAGGCUAUGCUACCCAGGAGCCUGGAACAGGCUGCUGCUCCAAUUUCUCAGGCAGGUGGAGUCGAGACACAGUCUCAAGGGGCUGUUUAGAAAUGUACUGCCGAAUCUGUAACCCAGAAACAACAAACCAACCUUCUUAGCAAAGGAUCACUAAGUACCUUUUGGAUAUACUUUUCUCCAAACAGACAAGUGCCACAGACUUGGCAAGCAAUUCACCCUGUAGAAGUUACAAAUGCUGGCUGACCUAUUUACAAGGAUUCUUGUGUUGGCUGGAGGCAGAAGAACAUCAGUCAACUCUUAGCUGGAUUGUUUCACAGGCUGCGGGUACUGAUGUCAGCACGCUGACGAGAGGAACAUGAGCAUCCUGCCUCCCAGCAGCAAACCUCACACACAUGCUGAGUAACGGAUGAAUGUAUGGAUACCUCUUACAGUAUUGUAAAGAAUGUAUCUUGCCUGAUGUUAACCCAAACUCAAAAACUUUGGGGAGGCACGGGUGGGGUCCAAAAGGAGCCAAUUUUUGUUAUGUAGGCUUAUAAUUUGAAUUCUUUUGUGCCGUGUUAUCGACUCCUUUUAAAAGUUUACUUUUUCUUAGACUGUGAUGACAUAUAUACUCUUAAAAUAGUAUCAAGAUAACUUUAGUAUACUUUAACACUAGAAUUGGAAAGGAACCAGUAUAAUUUUGAACCCAGUGUUAAGUCUCUUCAGAUUUCCAGAAAGAUCUUAAGUGGUUUUGUAUCAGAAUGAUCUACUCAGUGUGAAAAAACAAAAA